AUGGUUCGAACUAUUGAGCUAUACAACGAAGAAUUCCACAUUCACGUCGACAGGGCCACUGGAGCCGUUCUGGAGAUCCUAGAUCCCCGUGCCGAAGUCCCUUUGAAUUGGGUCAGCUCUCCGGCCAACGCACCUUGGCAGCCUCUGGGUAGUCGUUGGGGCUUGGGAUUCGCAGACCUGGGUGCUAAUCUACUUCAUCGACUUUUCUGGAACAGUCCCCGCAUCGACACAUCUCUUGGCCGCGAUAUCACAGUCGCAACUUAUCAUGCUGGGCCCUUGGAGCUUGUUGUCCGCCGACAUCUCAACAGCCGGACACAGUCUUUCACGGAGACUUACGAGUUCCGCAACCAGGGCACCAUUCCACUCAAUCUUUCGGCAACAGGAGAGACAUCAUUUGCAAUUUACACCCCAUUCAACGACCACUACACCAACACUUCGGAUGCACUCCGUUCUCGUACGCAUGCCCAUUUGUGGGUCAAUGGGGGCAGUUCAGCAUGGGUGAAACUGAGCCAGAUGGGAGGUCAUGGCCGGGAUUUGGGUCUGGUACUCACGAGAGGCUCGUUGUCCGGCUACAGCAUUGAGUCUCGGGAUGAAGUGACUCAUUCCAACACUCGGGGCGUGUUUCUCCUUCAUCCUUCCAUACCCGUUCUCGAACCAGGGCAGUCAAGCAUCAUCGAGUGGACUUUGUUCUGGCACAAUGACUGGGACAACUUUUUCGCCCAGUGCGCCCGCCGAUCGAGUCAGUUUAUCCACUUCGAUAUUCCAAAGCAUACACUGGUGUGUGGGGAAUCCGUCAAGGUUCGAAUGACGGGUGACGCUGCUGCCAUCAACUCGGCAACAACGGUGAAUGGUCAGAGAGUGCAACAAGAUGGCUCAAGCUUUGCCUUUUUUCAUCAUGCUGGAGAUAUGGGCCAAAAGACUCUGCGCGUUAUCACUGGUCAAGGGGGUGACCAGAAGGAGUCAAUUGUUUACCUCAACACCGUUCCCCGUUUUGAUGAUCUCAUCAAGCGUCGAAUCGAAUUCAUUGUCGAGAAACAACAAGUAAGGGAUGCCGACAACCUUCUUCACGGGGCUUAUGUUGUCUAUGAUAAUCAAGCCGAAGCAUUUCCUUUCUACGAAACUCAGCAAGAUCGGAAUGCUGGGCGCGAGCGGGUUGGCAUGGGUGUCCUCAUUGGUCGCUGGCUGAAGAAAACACCGGAGAGCACGCUGAGAGGGUCAUUCAUGGCAUACUACACAUUUGUGUGCACAAAACUUCAGGAUGAUAGUGGAUUUGUUUUCGAUGCCCCGUUCGGAACUGGCACAUACAAGAACAAGCGCCUAUACAACUGGCCUUGGGUGUUACAGCUACAUCUAGUUGCCGCAACAAUCGGUAUUCCCGCUAUUUCUGGUAAAUCCCCGAUCACCAGGUUCAUGGAAACACUAGAACGCUUCUACGAUGAAGGCGGUGCGUCCCUCUAUGCUAUCGGCUUGCCCAUUCUCGAAGGCCUCCGAGCUCUGAAGGCAGCAGGAGACGAGAAAUCCUUCAAUAGGGCGAAGAAUUUGUUCGUCUCACACGGCCAGAAAAUUCUGCAGCGAGGAACGAACUACCCACCCUUUGAGGUCAACUUUGAGCAAUCUAUCGUUGCCCCUGCUGCAAUCAUACUACUGGAGCUUUAUCGGGCAACAGGGGACACGAUCUGGCUCUCGGCGGCUAAGCUACAAAUUGAGGUGCUUCUCCGAUUUGCCGGAAAGCAGCCAGACUAUCGACUUUACGACGUUUCUAUCCGACACUGGGAUGGUCACUGGUUCGGAAAGGAUCGUACUUGGGGAGAUACAUUCCCCCAUUAUUGGAGCACUCUGAAUGCCAUCGCAUUGCACCAUUUCAGCAAAGUGACUGGAGACGUUUCGUACGAGGACCAGUCCGACGGCAUCUUGCGAGCCAACUUUUCUCUUUUCACGCCUGAAGGCAGAGGAUCUUGUGCAUGGAUUUACCCUCGGUCUGUAAAUGGUCAGCUGGCUCACUACAAAGAUCCUUAUGCCAACGACCAAGAUUGGGCGUUGGCACAUCUUUUGCAAAUCGAGGACGACAAUACUUGGGAGGAAAAAGGAACAAUUAUUCUAUAG